AUGCCAUUCCGUCGGGACAUCAACACCGGCUGUCCGGUUGGCACCGUCAUCGAAGUGGCCGGAAAACCGUAUGAAGAUCUGAAAAAAUCAAUAUUUCUGGUGUUGACCACAAAUAAUAACGAUAUGGCACUGCGUGUGGAGCUCGUGUUGGGACAACCGUCUAAACUAAAAAUCGACUGCACCGUCUCCCAAAAGACGUCCACCGCUAUUGAGAACUUGGUCGUUUGCCCGUAUAAUCAACGGGCGGUGCUGAAAAUUGUCACAUUGCAACACUCGUUCCAGAUUUUCUUCAACGACGCCAAAGUUGCCGAUUUCGUUCAUCGUGUGGAUCCCUCGUUGGUCAAGUCGAUCCUACUUCAUGGGCCGUUGAUAACCGAGGAGGUGAUCAUCACUCCGGCUACUUCGGUCCCCCUGCCAACCUACGAACAAGCAACAUCUCCACCUGUCGAACUGAUGGCUAACAUGAAUUUGAAUAAUAAUCAAAAAGUUCCACUUAGAGAGGCGAAUGAUUUCCCACCGCCACCACCAGCAGGCACUAUUCUACCAACUGCACCGGCGGCGACGAUUCCGAUGGGAAAUGGGACGGUGCCAACAACGGCCACAGCUCCGGAUGUGAGGGACUCCACCGCCACCACUUCUUCCUCUUUCUACUUUACCGGUGGCUCUCAAGGAUUCUCCAAUCAUCCGUACCCACUUCCGGGACUAAUCGAUAAUGGAACAUAUCCAUCUCAACAGAAUAACGUCGGCCAUUUGCCUCCACAGACUUCGAUGCCAUCGGCUCCACCGAUGACUCAGGCUCCGCCCCAAAGACCACCGGCUCCAGUUGCUGCUGCGUCUCACUAUGCUAGUACACCGAUCACCGCUCCCACGUCCACCAUCCAAAACACGUACACACCGGCGCCCACUCCAUCGGUACCGUAUACUGUUACAUGCCCCCAAUCGGCCGCCGCCACUCCUGGAAUGCCCCAACCGAUGUCUCAACCUAACCAUCUCUACCAGAAUCAACCACAGUACCCACCGGGAUACAAUCCGUAUCCACAACAGGCUCAGCAACCGCAAGUUCCCCUAUACCCAGUCCCACAACCGUCUGCCGCCGCUAUCCCGAUGUCUGCAAUGCAACCGUACCAUCAACAGUAUAUGUACCCACAGGCGGCACCUAUGGUACAACCGUACCCCGUUUAUCAGCAGUAUCCAAUGGGCUAUGGCUACGCGCCUGAAGUGAUCUACUACGAAGGUGGACACCAUCAUCAUCGUCAUCACUUCUUCGGGCAUCACCAUCAUCAUUGUGACUAA